AUGGUUAAGCCAGUUUCACCACUCCCUCCUGAUAAAACCGGUACCAAAGAAGAAGAGAUUCAAUUUCAAAGCGUCGAUUCAAAGGAAAACGAGAAACAAGAAAACUGCGUAAAAAUUUCUACCAGCUCAAGAAUGAAGAAGAUUUUGGUGGGGAUAGGGGUUUUUGGGGUUCUUCUAGCAAUAGCUCUUGGAAUUUCUGCCCUUGUUAUAUCGCUUCAAGAUAAAAAUGAAGAUAAGGCCGAGACUCCAGAAACGCCGCUGGAAAAAUACGGAACAUACGAGUCGAACAUCCAGCGCCUUUCAAAGCUAGCCGAGCUUGACUCAAGCACAUACAAAGUCAUUGACCUAGCGGAAAAUAUCCAAACAAGAUCAUCCGAAAAAUCUGAAAAUCGAAAACUUGAAGCGAUCGAAAUCGUUCCCAACUAUGUCAUCGGUGGUUCGAAUCCGUUCAUUAUCAUCCUCUGCGGCCUCCGUGCGAAUGACUUUGAAUCUGUUCGAGCUUGCAUGGGACUGGCUGAAAGCGAUUUGCCGACGAAAUGGCCGGGAAUGAACUUCAUCAUCGCCCCGAUUUCGAACCCUCAUGGAUACGACUACGCACUUCAAAAGGAUCAGAAUUGGACGAAAAAUCGAGAUGAGCAUGAAAACGGCUGUUUUGGGACGAAAAUUCGGCAGAAUUUCGAGAAAAACUUUGCAGUCGUUAAUGACGAUCCUUGUUCGGAAGAUUUUGUCGGAGUCGAAGCACUUUCUGCUUGGGAAGCUGAAGCAAUUCAUUCCUAUAUCUUUCAAUACAAUUGGGAGGCACUUUUAGUCGUCGAAAGCUCCUCGCUUUCCAAUCUCCAAGUCAUCACGCCUGCGAAAGAAAAUACCCAUGCUUUCCGAAAACUCCUCCCUCGAGUGUUCCUUGGAGCAGAAGGCUUCGAAACAAAGCGACCGGACGAUUCAAGAACUGGAUUUCUUGAAGACUCUUUCAUUUCAAAAUUCGGGCGAAUUGCUACUGUUCAAAUUACCGAAGAAGAAAAAGGAAACGAUCGGGAUUUGAGAUUGCUCGUUGAUAAUUUCUCCGAGCAGAUUUUGAAGAAAAACAGCUUCGAAAAGGUCUUUCUCGACGAUUUUUUCUGGCAAGAAGACAAUAUUUUCAAAUACGAGCUGGUUUCAACCGACUCUUCUUCUGACCAAAUCACCACUUAUGAGUACAACAUGACUUCGCUUCAAUGGCUCGACGAUACUGUCACUGAUAGAUCUCUCUGGACGCAUUCCGUGUACUUGAUUGUUCCGAAAGAAGUCAAGGAUGAUAAAGCGAUGUUUUUGCAAGUCACGUGGGGAGAUAACUGGAUUCAGCCGCAAACGAAAGCUUCUCAUAGCGAUGAUCUAUCGAGAACCCAGCAAUUUACGAUCAACACUGGAAUCGUCUCUGGAGUCAUCAAGCACGUCCCUAAUCAGCCAAUCCGAUUCCGUGACGACUCGGAAACAGACAAGCUUAUCUACGGAAACGACGAUGGAUCAUACGAUGGUCGAUACGAAGACGGUAUUCUCGCAAAAACUUGGGACAUGUUCAUCAAAAACUUCGAUGCAACGGGCGAAUCUGAUUAUAACUUGCUCGUUCAUCCUUCGAUGGGAAAAUCAGCUGUGAGGGCGCUUGAUUUGAUUGCGGAAGAGACAUAUGCUCAUACAGGGAAAUAUCCCUUCAAGGCAGGAGUAGUAGGAGCAUCGAAAAGGGGAUGGACUUGUUGGCUAGCUGCAGCAGGAGAUUUCGAAAGAAUCAAAAUGAAUGCGCCCGUGGUCUUUGAUCUUCUGAGUUCGGAAGCAAGCAUGGAACAUCUUUACAAAAGUCUUGGGGGCUGGACAUAUGCAUUUUUCGAUUACUGGUAUCACAAAGUUACGCGAAAUUUUGGCUCUGAUGGACUCCGUGCCAGUUUGAAAGUCCUUGAUCCGCUGGAAUACAAAGAUCGUUAUGCAGAAAACAUUGUUACUUACGUCGUCAAUGCUGCUAAUGAUGAGUUCUUUUCCCUGACUGGGCCGUUGAACUACUGGGAGAAGUUGGGCGGAAAGAAACUUUUGCGAAUAUUGCCUGAUCAGCCGCAUGGUGGAGUUUGGGGAGGAUGGGAUAGGGAGGAGGAAAAUAUCGGUAGAAAAAUCACGAGAACGAAAAUAAGCGAUGUUGGCGACAUGGCAGAGAUCCAGCAAGAUCGCUUGUGGACAUCUCUAGAAGCCCUCUUCCCGGCUGUUCUAUCCGCUCCCGAGAGCAUCCCAUCAAUCGAUACAAAUUUCAACGAAUUCGCCGGAGAAAUGAAACUGACCGCGAAAUCUUCUCUCGCGCCUGAAGCAGUUCGGACUUACUCCAGAAAUACUUUUAAUAAUAAACGAGAUUGGAGGAUGAGAUUUUACAAUGGAUCUGAAAUCUGCGAUCUUUCGCAAAUCGGCGACUUGCAAAUUCAGAUCGAUGAGACAACUUUCGAUCGAGUUGAAGGAAUUCCCGACCGAGAGCAAGUACUGACCCUUUCAUCGACCGAAGAAAAUAUUUGGCACAGUGGCUUUAUUGAUUUCGAAUUUUUGCUCGAUGGCCGAAAAUUUGUUGCAUCUAGUCUUCCAGGAGUAACCCCAUCAGAUAAAUGGGCCUCCGAAAUGUGCACAACUCCGGAUGAAUGCGAAGGAUGUUUGGUUUGA